ACUCUUUUGGCUUUCAAGGUCAACUUGCGGCCGGAACAAGACAAUACCCAUCUCAGCCUUGUUCGCAUAUAAUCGAACACCAGUCGUUGCACAGCUCACUCGCGGGCAUCGCCUCAUCCAUUCACGAUGCCAGCUCCACCACCUCCCCCCAAUACCCGGCGCGAUGGCGGCGGCAGAGCGUCCGCGGCCUCCAAGGAGGAGAACGCAUACAUCCCGUCCUUCAUCAGCAAGCGGCCCUUCUAUGCCGUCGACGGCGAUGAGUCCACAGACUACCUCGAGCAUCAGCGUAUUCAGAAGCCAAAGGACGACGACAAGACGAAAUGGUACGACCGCGGCAAGAAGCUCGGCCCAGCCGCGACCAAGUACCGCAAGGGCGCGUGUGAGAACUGCGGUGCGAUGACACACAAGACCAAGGAGUGUCUGUCACGGCCGCGAGCAAAGGGCGCGCGGUGGACCGGCAAGGACAUCCAGGCCGACGAGGUAGUCCAAGAAGUGCAACUGGGCUGGGACGCGAAGCGCGAUCGUUGGAACGGUUACGACCCAAGAGAAUAUCGGCAAGUGAUGGAAAACUACAAGCAGAUGGAGGAGCUCCGGAAUCAAGCGUCAGGGAAGAACGAUACGACCGGAGACGACGAUGAGGAAGCGGACACGGGCGACAAGUAUGCCGAAGAGGUCGACAUGGGCAAACAUCAAAGCACCGCAACAAGACAACUGCGCAUACGAGAGGACACGGCAAAAUACUUGUUGAAUCUCGAUCUCGAGUCCGCCAAGUACGAUCCGAAGACCAGGAGAAUUGUCGAUGCUGGCGCGACAAACGACAAGGCAGCUCAGCUGUUUGCGGAAGAAGGAUUCCUGCGCGGAUCUGGCGAGGCCGAGGCAUUCGAGCAGGCACAGAGAUAUGCGUGGGAGAAGCAGGAGAAGAGCGGCGACACGAGCCAGCACAUGCAAGCAAACCCGACGGCAGGAGAGUUCUUCCGCAAGAAGGAAAGAGAGCAGGCCGAGAAGGAGCGUGCCGCAAAACUCAAGGCGCUGGAGGACAGGUACGGUGGCAGCACGCACAGCAUGCCUGCAGCGCUGCGCGACGUCAUCGUGACAGAGUCGGAACAGUUUGUCGAGUACGACGAGGCUGGCUUGAUCAAGGGAGCGCCUCGCGCCGCGGCCAAGUCGAAAUACGCGGAGGACGUCUUCCCGAACAACCACACCUCGAUCUUUGGCAGCUGGUGGUCAAACUUCCAGUGGGGUUAUGCUUGCUGUCACUCCUUCAUCAAGAACAGUUAUUGCGUUGGUGAUACAGGGAAGCAGGCCUGGGAGGCCUCGGAACGACAAAGGAAUGGCGAGGGACUUGGCGAGGAGGAGGAUGGCACGGCGGUAGAGGAGGAUGUGCAGACUCUGACGAUAGAGCCCGCGGCUGGGACGAAAAAGAAGCGGCCAGUAGAGGAGAUGACUGGCGGCGUCACAGAAGCCGAGAUGGAUGAGUAUCGGAGGAAGAAAGUGGCCGCUGACGAUCCAAUGGCGAAAUACUUGGGAAAGGACGAGCUAGUCUAGAAAUUCAGAUCUGAGAGGCUAGCCAAGACCAAAACAGCCAGUCCAUUCACGGGCACUAUGCAAAAUAAGGCAUCGAUAUUGUGUGG